GCAGUUUUAUUUUCAGAUCGGGGUGACCAGUUAUAAACAACUAUUUAACUAUUUAUUUGGGUAUGGCCAAAUCCUGAAAUCUAGCUCUACUGCUGACCUUCUAACAGUCCGCAUAAAUCGGUGUAGUUUUACUGACAUUUCGCCCAGCAGUCAGAUCAGAUUAGCCACUCCUCCGUUAGCAUACGGAUGCUGGCAAUGAAAGCUAACAGCUAGCUAGUGUUUUCGUAAUUUGGAAAGAUGGCUGGGGACCUGCGAGGUUUUGCGCUGGAAAAAGCCGAGUUGCUUUCCAGCCGAUUGAAGGAGCUCUUGACGUCGGGACAGGGGUAUGUUCGGGAUCAGUUCGGGGUGGAUUUGGGUCUGAAGCCUGAUGUGUAUCCGACGUGGGUCAUCCUGUCUACGGCCGCGGUGGGUCUGCUGCUGCUUCUCUGUCUGUCCUGGGCCGCCGUCUGUGGCGGUGUGUUUGUCGGGAAAAAGCGGGGAUCCCCGGUCACACAAGGCAGCUGUGAGCCUAGCAAGGCCAGCUUCGUUAAAAUUGCCAAACCAGAAGAGCACAAAAAGAGGAACAAAAAGAAAACGACUGAAAAGAACACUCAGUCCAAUGGACAACCAGUGGCUGUAGCUCAGGAGGAUGUUAAAGUGACCGAGGUGGUUUCCAAGCUAGCCCAGCAGAUAAAAACCAACAAGGUUCAUGAGGUACAGGCGCCUGUGCACGUGAAAAAGAACAAGAAGAAAACCAAGACAGAGGUGAAACCAGUCCAGCAUGUGUCUACAAAUGACGGGAAGGAACCUGAUGAUGGUGCGUGGGAGACCAAAGUCAGUAACCGAGAGAAGAGGCAGCAGCGCAGAAAGGACAAGGGCCCUGAGGACUCGGGUGGCCCAGGAGGGGUGGAGGCUCCCAAGAGCAAUGUGGAGGCACCUGUGGCCUCAGCACCUACCAACACCAGGAAGAACAGAGGAAACCAAGAGUCCCUGCUUUCAAGGCCCACUGCAAAAGGGGAGACAGCUAGUGCAGCGGUGACUUCCAGGUGGAGAGAGGAGCCUUCAGUUAAUGGCGGAGGAUGGACCUCUGUCAACCUGUCUGUGAAGGUCCCUCGUCAGAUGGCUGCUAUGGAGGGGACCAAGUGGAAUACCAUGCCCACGGCUACUCAUUACAGGGCCCCUCCUAAGACUCAGUCCUGGGGACAGGAAACACAAGCAUGGGGUGGCAUUGAUAGUCGUAUGAAGACUGACCUCAACCCUGUUACCUUCUCCAUGCUGGGACUAAACACCACAGAUCCAGUAUCAAAUUCAAUGGAGCUGCAGUGGGCGAGGGGCCCUGAUGUUGAUGAUGAAUGGUCUGGAUUCAAUGGCAUAGCAGCAGUGGAUCCAAGCUCUGACUGGAAUGCUCCAGAAGUGCACUGGGGAAACUAUGAAGAGCCCCCUCUGUUGGUGACACCAGUGCCUCCAGUGAAGGAACAGCCAGUCCCCAACAAGGUGUCAGAGGAUGAGAAGGACACUGAAGACCCCUCUGGUGGAGCAGCCAAAUCCAAGAAGAAGAGGAAAAAGAAGAAGAAAACAGAAGAGGAGGCUGCAUCUGAGGCUCAGUUGGUGAGCACAACGCCUCCCGUCAACACAGUACCCAAACUCCAAGAGCCUCCUGUGCUGGCCUCCAAAAAGCAGAAUCCCAGCAUAUCAUCUUCUCAGAAGAAGCCUGAGCAGACUGUGGAGCCUCCGAAGCCCUCUCAGAAGAAGAAGGUACGAAGGGAAAUAUGAAGUCACAUCAUUGGUCCACACAAAGCAUAUGCAAAUGAUUGUAAAACGUGUCACAUGCAAUAACUACCAGGUACAGAGUUUCUUUCUGAGAUACAUAAACAGUUUAUGAGUUACCGAAACAAAAAGAAGGCAAGCGGUGGAUAUCAGCUGCUUCGCUAAAUGUAGUGAUGAAAUGUGGUCCUAUGGACUGAGAUCUUAACUAAUUUGCACUAUUUGCUACACUGCAACCAGAGUGGAGUUUCAGGGGAGGUGGACUUGCAGUGCAGGUACAUGUUCAUGUAAUACUUUUUUUAUGGCAU